AUGAAGGUCGCGCUCGCCGCGCGCGUCGCUCUCCUCGCGGCGGCGAUCUACGCCGUCGCCGCGCAGCCGCAGUGCCCAGCGCCCGUCGGCCUCGCGCCAUUGACCCCGGCGGUGACGAUGCCCACCGUUCAGGACAGCCUCGAGUGGAUCACGACGAGCGGACAAUCAAAGCUCUUCGCCACGACCGAGGGCGGGAAGCUCUACUCGAGCAAGAACAGCGGCGCUUCGUGGUACGACGAGACGCCGGAUCUCAUGACCAAGGACGGUUCGAAGUCCUCCGACAAGGUCCUCGCUCUAAUCACCUCCGGCGAGGACGAGUCCCACGAGAACAUGAUCGUCCAGGGCUUCGACGGCGAACACUGGGCGUCUAGAGACCUCGGCAACACCUGGAUCCAGCCUUGCGGCGUCGUGGGCGUCGACCCCAACAACUGCUUCGCCGAUCCCGGCAACGGCGUCGCCUUUGCCUACACCUUCUUCAAGAUGCACCCGAAGCUCCCCGAUCACGUCCUGGUGCUCGUGGAGCGCGACCUCGAACCCGAGUCCGAGUUCCUCGCCCUCGACCUGAUGUACUCGGCCGACUUCGGCAAAACCUGGCAGAACCUCACCGAGACGGCGGGCGAUCGAGUGUGGGGAUUCGUUGAUUUUGAUUUCGCGCCGCCGGUUCCGGGCGACAUGGACGACGGCAUGCCCGGGAUCAUGGCCACGGUUUACGAGACCGAGGAGGACAUGAAGAACGGGUACUACGACUCGUGGGACUACAACGUCCACUUCGUGUACACCACCGACCUGUUCAAGACGGCGCACCAGCGCAUGGUGAUGUGCGGUAACUCCUUUGAGGUUUUGAACGGCGACGUGUACGUGGCGCAGCUUCGCGAUUGCCUCGUGUACCACGCCACCACCGACGACGAAGCGCGCGCGGCGAUGGAGGAGAACACCGAUAUUGUUCUCCAGAUCAGCACCGACGCCGGCAAGACGUUCACGCAGGCGUGCGUACCUUCCUCGCUCGGGCAGCGCGGCUACACCGUUUACGACUGGAACAAAGAGGCGCCGGGGCCCGACUUUCUCUCCGUGGAUCACACCGAGGUGUCCGCCGCGAGAAACGUCGGGUUCCUCGGCAACCUGUACAGCGCGGACGUGCACAUGCAGUUCUUCUCGCUCAACAUGCGCGAUAACGUUCGCAUCGGCGGGUCCGCAGAUUUCACCAACGUCGCGGCCAUCCCCGGCGUCUAUCUCGCCAACCAGGUUGUCGGGCACGCCAUGACCAUGGACGCCGUCAAGACCCGCAUCACGUACAACGCGGGCGGCGUCUGGCAGGGCAUACGACCUCCGCUGCUGGGCGCCGACGGCAAGAGGAUCAACUGCCAGGACGGACCUGACUCGUGCGAGCUUCACCUCCACGGGGAGACGCACUGGAUGCGCGGCACCUGGAAGACCCGACUGGGCUCGGUGUACACGCACGAGAGCGCGCCGGGGGUGAUUCUCGCCACCGGUAACGUCGGCAAGUCCCUAGCCUUCGACCCCACCUCGGUGAACACCUAUCUCUCCCGCGACGCGGGCCUCACCUGGGAGGAGAUCGUCAAGGGACCGCACAUCUACGAGUUUGGCAACAACGGCGGCCUCAUCGUCAUCGGCAAGAUGUCCUCGCUCGGUCCCACCGACGUCGUCCAGUUCAGCCGCGACCUCGGCCGGUGCUGGGAGGAACUCAAGCUCUCGCAGAGGAUCUCCAUACACAACAUCCGAGCCGAUCCCCACGGCAAAGGCGACGUGUUCAUCAUCCGCGGGUCCAUCGACGACGGCACCGCGGAUGGCGACCCCGACGGCGUCAUGUACACGAUUGACUUUAACAACCUCAUGCAGGUGGAUUCGACGGGCAAGCCGACGUACGCCUGGGCGCCGCCGAGGUGCGAGCCGACGAAGGACUACGAGCAGUGGGCGGCCACCUCGCCCAACCCGGACAAGUGCAUCCUAGGAAGAAACGCCACGUUCACCCGUCGCAUGCGCGACCCGACCAGCCUCUGCCUCAACAGGCAGGAUUACGUGAGGCCGGAGCCGGAAACGAAGGCGUGCGAGUGCAGCGAGCAAUACGACACGGAGUGCGAGUUCGGCUGGGAGAGGCCGAACCCGCUCGGCAUGUGCGAGCGCAUGAAGACGAUCGAUUUCGUCAGGGAAUGCCCCGCGAUGGAGGGCCGAGAGAUUUCCGCGACGAACAUGCGAAUCAUCGCGGGAAGCUCUUGCGUCGACGAGUCCGGCGCGCUGGGCCGCGACAAGUACCGCGUGGACGGCGGGGACGACGGCAAGGGCCGACGCGGGGGGCACGGGGUCCUCGCCUUUUUCCUGUGGAUGUUCUUCAUCGUCGUCUUCGGCGGCGUCGGCUACUGGGCUUACAACCAGUACGACCUCGGUCAGUACGUUCCCAUGGAGGUGAAGCAGUGCGUCAACGGCGCCUGGGACAAGAUCAACGAGCUCAUGGGGAGGAGGACGGCGGCGCCCGCGGGGUACUUCGAGCCCCUCGGAGAUUUCGACGCGGACGAACUGUGAUUGAUCCCGCCGCUCGCUCGCGUGAUGUCAAAAAAAUCUAUUUUUUCCCC